AUGGCUGCCACUCAGGAGUCUGCCACGAGCAGCGCAAGCGACUUCUACGAUGCAGUCGAAGAGGUACUCGCAUGUAUCCUCGCCAAUUCACCCAUCUACAAGCACCUCUUCGGCCCCGCAGAGGCGUCAUGUCUACAGCUCGUACGAGGGCCAGAAGGAUCGAGCGGGCCCUCUAUCCCGGGGGAUCUGACCUUCAAGUUCGUCUCUCCCAAGAGCGAAGAAGGGGGAGAGGGAGAGGCAGCUGAAGGUGACACGCUUCAAUCGCACCACCUUAAUUCGCACAAGAUUCUCCACGGAUCCGUCUCUUGCACUCUUGUAGACUUGAUAUCAGGGGUGUGCAUCGCCUCCCUCGGCACUACCAACGCAUCCUUCAAUGCCCCUCCACCAACUCUACCUUCCCUACCUCCUACCACCUCCUCCUCCCCUCUCACUCAACCAGUCUAUCCCCCACGCGCCUCAAUUCUCUCUGCUCCACGCGGUCUCUCGACGGACAUGUCUGUCCAAUUCACCUCUUCUGCCAAGAUGGGCGAGGAGGUGUGGGUGAGGACCUGGGUCAAGAAAAAGGGAAGACACCUCGUUUGGGUGGGGGUGCAGGUUUGGGCCAGAGCUGCAGGGCAAGGAGAGAGGGGAGAAGCAAAGUUGGUGGUGGAGGGUUCGCAUACGAAGUACAUCAAGUGA